AUGAAUAAUUCAGAAAAUAAAGUUUCUGGUGGAUUUAUAGACAUAAGCUUAGCGGAAAGAAUGAUAAAUAAAUACGAUGGCGAUAAGGCAAAUUUACACGUGUUCAUAGACAAUUGCAAUAAGGCAUUCGCUCUAUUGAAUCCGGUUUAUAAAAUAGCAUUCGUGUCAGUAGUUCUAUCUAAAAUUAAAGGAAAUAUUAGGUCGACAUUAUUAAACAGGUCUUUUUCGUCAUGGGAAAGUUUAAAAGAACAUUUACUAGAAAACUAUUCGGAAAAAAGAACCUUUGCACAAUGGCAACUCGAAUUAAAUUCAUGCAGACAGGGUCAAAACGAAUCAAUUUCAAAAUAUUCCAGUAGAGUCGAGAACUGUUAUAUAAAGUUAAUUAAAUCUUUAGACUCAAAAUUAACGAAAGAAGUUCGCGAAGCAAAUAUAGAAUUAUUAAAAAGACAAGCCUUAAACAUUUUUAUCAGUGGUCUUCUACCACAACUUCAUAUUUUAUUAAAAUCUCAAAAACCCUCUACUUUUGAAGAUGCUGUCUCGAUAGCGAUUUCAGAAGAGCAAGAAAUUAAAUCUAGGCAAGAGAUGAGCACUAAACAGUAUUAUAAUAAUUCAGGAAUCAAAAGAUGUACAAAUUGUAAUAAAUUAAAUCAUUUAGCACAUCAAUGUAGACAUCCACCAAUGAUCAGGCAUAUACAGCCAAACCAAAGAAAUAGCAAUAUACCUACUUGUUUUCGUUGUCAUAAAAAAGGCCACGUAGCUAAAGAAUGUUGGAACAAUCCGAACGCGAAUAAUCGUAAUAAUAAUCGUAAUAACUACCAACCCUCUCAGAAUAAUCGUUUUAAUCGUCCGAGCAAUAGUUGGAACACUCAUAAUAAUAGGCAAAUAAAUAAUAAUAGGAGCAACGAAAAUGAACAUUUAAACUCAAACGGUCCGAGGCCCGCGGCCAACCCGAGGACCACAAAAUUAAUCCAGGCCGAA